AGGGGUCAAAUCGAGUGGCGAGGGUUGGGUGCGUUUUUUCAUAAUAUAUUUGUGGUGGUGGUGGUGGUUUUAGACAAAAGAGUUCCAGACCAAGACAGCGAGAGGCCUCUGAAAGCCUGAGAUAAACAGUGUAUGGGAUUCCUGUAGCUCGAUACCCGAGGAAAGAACCCUUCUUCUUCUAUCCUCUCACUCUAUCUCUCUUUCCUGCCCUCCUUUCAGCUCAUCCUAUCUCCUUCAAUCUAUGCCGAUGGAUCCUUUCGAUUUGUUUCGCAAAGGCUUUGGGUGAAGCGUACUGAAGCUUGACUUAGCUCUCUCACUCAGAGAUUUUCUAUGCAUGUCUAGUUUGUGUAUUUUUUUCUAUUUGACUAAAUAAUGAGCUUGUCCAAGAAAGGAACCCAUAUUAAGGAUGCAAAGCUUAGCAACCCAAUUAAGGUGGCAACUUUAAAUCCAAAUGCAGCAGAAUUUAUUCCGUUUGCCCUCAGAUCUUCAUCAUUUGGAAGCAGCAGUACAGCAGAUGUGACAUCAAGGCUUGCUACUUCGGGGAGUCUGGGAAAAGCAGUGUUAGAUCGAUCAGAGUCAUCUGUCUCAAAUAAUUCCGAUGAAGAGGCUCACCAAUACUGGUGCCAACAGCUCCCUGAUGAUAUUACCCCUGACUUUAAGGUCAUGGGAGAAGAUGAAUCACAAAGCAUUGGGAACCUCUCUCUGGUGGGUCUAUCUUUACAUGACGAAGCGUCGAGGUUACCUGCUUCCAAGGGCAGUGGAUACCUGUUGAAUGAGCAGCAAGAAUUAUCUUCACACAGCAUUAAUGGUAAUAGCUUUGCUGGAAAGUUGAGAUUUUCUGCUUCAUCCCAUGGGGAAGAUGCAUCUCCAGUUAGUCUUCUGCAUAUGUCAAAUAAACCAUGGGACAAUCAUAUUGUGAAUGGUAAUAAACUUGUCAGCCAUGAUGGGGAGGGACCUCCUUAUGAUGGCAAUUCCCACCAGAGAUAUAUGAAUGAUAUGUUUGGUGAGCAUGCAAUUGUGGAGGAUAAUGAUAUGAACCCUGUUGAGUUCUUGGUAUCUCAGUUCCCUGGUUUUUCUACUGAAAGCCUUGCAGAAGUUUACUUUGCCAAUGGAUGUGACUUGAACCUGACUAUAGAGAUGCUCACUCAGUUAGAGCUUCAAGUUGAGGGUGGUUUCAGUCAGAAUAUGAACUCAAAGACCUUGUCAGCCCCCAAUCUUGGUACAAUGGACUUCCCUGCACUUACUGUUGCGUGUAGUCAGAAUGAUCCUCCAAAAUAUGCUGGGGAUGAUCUCCCACAAAGUGGCAGUCUUUUCCGAUCUGACAAGGACAACAUGCUCUUGUUCAAAUCCGGAUCUUCUGUUCCAUCUAGGGGUGCUAUAGAUUUUGCAUCAGCUGUCCGGAAAUUGGCAUCUCAGGAUUCUGGUAUAUGGAAGUACGAAAGAAAUGGUUCCUCAGAUGCCACUAUUGGAUCAAGUAGAAGUUCCCAUGUUUUGGCUAGUGCUUACAAUAGUGGACAUGGGAGAGACAUCUAUGGUGACAGAUUACAAAAUCGUGGUUCUGCUCGGGCAGCUCCCAUCUGGCUUGAUACUGGAGAUGCAGUUGCGAAUAUGUAUUCUGAGCUGCGUGGGGAUGCUCGUGACCAUGCACGCCUGCGUAAUGCAUACUUUGAGCAGGCACGACAAGCAUACCUCAUUGGCAAUAAGGCUCUAGCAAAGGAAUUGAGUGCUAAAGGGCAGCAGCACAACAUGCAUAUGAAGGCAGCUCAUGGAAAAGCUCAAGAAUCUAUUUAUCGCCAGAGGAACCCAGUUCCUCCAGAGAUGCAGAGCAAUGGUAGAGGACAGGAGCGAAUGAUAGACUUGCAUGGGCUGCAUGUUACCGAGGCAAUGCAUGUUUUGAAGCAUGAGCUGGGUGUGCUAAGGAGCACCGCCAGGGCAGUACAGCAGCGCCUACAGGUUUAUAUAUGUGUUGGAACAGGUCAUCACACCAGGGGUUCCCGCACUCCAGCAAGACUUCCAAUUGCUGUGCAGCGAUAUUUGCUUGAAGAAGAGGGUCUUGACUACACCGAGCCACAGCCAGGGCUGCUUCGAGUUGUGAUAUAUUGAAGCAAAACCCAUCCAGUCAUAGUCGCCACUCUCAUUGUUGUAUCUGUAUAUGGGAGAAAUGAAGAGUAGAUCAAGUUCAAAAAGGAAAAAAAAAAAAAAAAAAGGUUUAAAAAAUGGAAAAUGAAGAAAAGAUAUCGGGAAGUUGGAGGGAGAAAAGUUGAAAAUGAAGCCAGUGCAUGAUUUAGGUUUUACUGGUUGUCAAUGGUAUCAGGUGUUGGCAAGCAUCAGGAUUUCACAUCAUCGAUCAGCCGAUUUGUUGCAACAGUUUUUGUUUGUUGUACCUUAAAUUGUAUUUCUUUUAUUACAUUUUUUUUUCAACAAUUCUCAGUUGUAACUGAUAGAAUUAAAUUAAAUCAUAGAACAGAUCACCUUGCCAUUUA